AUGGGUGCUUGCGGAAGCACAGAAGCGGGAGGCGAAGAUACCGAACAAAAGAAGAGAAGUCAAGCUAUCGAUCGUAAGCUCGAGGAAGACUCGCGCAGAUUACGACGAGAAUGCAAGAUUUUACUGCUUGGUUCCGGCGAGAGCGGAAAGUCAACGAUCGUGAAGCAGAUGAAGAUCAUCCAUCAAAAUGGUUAUUCACAAGAAGAACGAGCGCUAUAUCGUCUCACCGUAUACAAGAACCUGAUUGACUGCAUGAAGGCCCUCAUAGGCGCCAUGCAGCAGUUCGAAAUCGAUACCGACAACGAAAAAGUCAAGGAAGCAAUAGUGUAUAUCGAAAGCUAUAAUGUGGACCCAGACCCUGACAGCACACUCGAGCCCAAAGCCGCCGAGGCAGUCGAACGAAUAUGGAAAGAUCCCGCUUCGGCUAAAACGAUGGAGCGGCAGAGCGAGUUCUAUCUGAUGGACUCAGCAUCAUAUUUCUUCGACCAGGUGCAACGGCUGGCCGCUCCAGACUACGUGCCCGAUGAGGCAGAUGUAUUGAGAGCGCGUACCAAGACCACAGGUAUCUACGAAACGAGAUUCACGAUGGGUCAGCUCAGCAUACACAUGUUCGACGUUGGCGGACAAAGAAGUGAGCGGAAAAAGUGGAUUCACUGCUUUGAAAAUGUCACUUCAAUCAUUUUCUGUGUGGCGCUGUCAGAAUACGACCAAGUUCUCUUGGAGGAGGCCAAUCAAAACCGAAUGAUGGAAUCCCUGGUGUUAUUUGACUCAGUCGUAAACUCGAGGUGGUUCAUGCGGACGAGUAUCAUUCUCUUCCUCAACAAAGUCGAUCUCUUCAAGGAGAAGCUGGGGCGAUCGCCACUUGGCAACUAUUUCCCAGACUAUUCGGGCGGCAACGACGUCAACAGAGCCGCCAAAUACCUUCUAUGGCGGUUCAACCAGGUGAACCGCGCACAGUUGAAUCUCUAUCCUCAUCUCACACAAGCCACCGAUACAACAAAUAUUCGACUCGUGUUUGCAGCCGUAAAGGAAACUAUUCUACAAAACGCGCUCAAGGAUUCAGGCAUUUUAUGA